GCGAUGUCCUGUUUGUAUUGUUUUGUUGAAAAAUGGCGGCAACUUGGAAGCUGUUGCCUGUUCAAAGAUUUCAGAAUUCAAAACUUCAAGAAGAAAUCAUCUGUUCUCCUAUACUUGCAGACUUUGCACGUAUUUUAACAUGUUCGCAAGACAAAAUUCUUGGAGUUGACCACAAAGACCUUCUUAACAUUGCAGUCGCAUUAUAUGGAAACAACUUACCAGAAAUGUCAGCAGAUACUUUGUUUCCAGUCUUAACAAAGAAAGGAGUCAAAACUUUAUUGAUACUCAAAGGAAAUCUAGCCGAAAACUUUUCAUGCUGUACUCGAUCUGCUCCUAGUGGCAGUCAUAAUGACAAGGGAAAUAAUGGGAAGCAAGAUCUUUCAGAAUGUGGAAGCAAUGUCUUGGCAGAUAAAGAUGAAAGUGACCAAACACUUGGAGAGUUUUCUGAUAUAUUUAGCGAUAGUUCAGAUACUGAUGAAGCUUCUUCAGAGGAAAGUGACAAUGAUGCAGAUUUUUCUUCAGAGUUUGAGAAAUUUGUAGAAAAAGUGAGAGCUAGGAAAGACAAACCUGAUGAUGGUAGCAUUGACAGAGUGGAAAAAAUGCUGAUUGCUGCAAUGACUUAUGAUCGAUCGUACAGCAUUCCAAAUGAAACGUCAGUGGAACUGUUGCUUCUUGCUGUAAGAAAAAAGUACAGGAAGUGUGGUAUUGGCCAUUGGCUGUUAGAGACACUGAAAGAUCCUGGAACGUCUGGGCCGUAUGACGCGAUUUGCACCUAUGCUGACCCACAAGCAGCAACAUUCUUUGCAACAAAUGGUUUUACGGAUGACGUCAUUCUCAACAGUAAAUUCAGAAAAGUUGGAGAUAACUGGCUUAACAGUACCCCGAUGUGUUUUAUACCACGAUUCACCUUGUGCUCUUCACAAAAGAAGGCAGCCACUUGCACGGAGUCUGUCACUUCCCUCGACAUAGAAGAAUUAGAACGUAAUAUCAGAGCUUGGAAAAUGGAGCAAACAAUUGCUUAUCAGAAGCAGAUGACAUGCAUUUUGGCAGCAACACAACAGUUAAAGCGCUUAAAGAAAACUGUUGAAUCUCAACAGAAAGCCAUUGCAAGGCUCAAAGAGGAAAACAGCAAACUUCAUACAAAAAUGGAUGUAAGUGAUGCUGAUGUGAUGACGUCAUUGCGCACCGAUUCAGAAGAAUCAAGACUAAACUUCGAUUUCGUCCAGCAAAUGAUGAUAGAAAACACCGUUCUGUCUGCGAGGAUAUGCAAUUCACAGAAGGCGUCGAUUAAUCGAGGCACGUUUUAUGCAAAAUUAGAGACUUUGCGAGACCCCCUUAUGUUUACAGAGCUUUACUUUUGCGGGGGACCUUCGCUGAAGCAGUUAGAAGUUAUGGCAGAAAGAGGAUUUUCAUCUAACGAUUUUAUAACCGGCCCUUUUGGAAAAGGACUUUACUUCAGUCAGAGUCCGCGCAAAGCUAUGGAGUUCUCGGUGCCAGGAGUUCUGCUUAUCUGUCUGGUUGGAUUGGGUAAUACAUGCUCCGUUGUGAAAGAGGAUUUUUCACGGAUUUCACCACCAGAAGGAUGUGACUCAGUCAUGACAAUUGGGAGAAAGACUUUUGGCGGUGACCGAGUGGCAGGUCAAGAGUAUGUGAUCUACGAUUUUGAUCAGGCUGUACCCAUUUACCUCGUUGAAUAUGAAGUAGAAUGGAUGAGCUGACUCUCUGUGUUUCCAAGAAGAUAAGCAGGAAUCAACUUUCUGAAAUCAUGUGCUCAUUUUGCGUAACAGGUGCAAUAUAAAAACUUCCUUCUCUUUUUGGAAAAGGUAGGGGGAAGUCUUUACAAGAAAUUAAAUUUAUGUUGCUGUUGGUGCAAUAAAAUGAAUAAAUGAGACAUGAAACUGAUAUAAGUUUUAAAUAAAAUUAUAACAUCCAAUAACAAAUUCCAGAACUCUGAAGGUUUUGUAAAAUUUUUCUUUGUACUUAUAUGCAUCAAGUUAGAGGUUUGAAAAAUGCUACAUUUUCCAAUGAUGCAUUUAAUUGUGUAUAUCUCUUGAUAUGCACCUAAUUGUUUACAUACAUGCUCUUCAAAUUAUUGUCUCUCUUGAAUUAGUCAACUUAUUAGAAUCUGUACUCUUUGUUUAGCAUUGAGUUGCCAGAAGUGAAUUUAUUCCAGCCAAUGAGCUCAGAAAUAAAACUUUUGCAGCGUUUAAAUAAACGUGCUUCUAAACAGUUUCUAGAAGGUUUUCAUUUAAAAGGUUUUAACGAGUUUCCAUAAGACUGCUAGAGUACAUCUAUCUAACAUUGAGUGAAUUAACUAUUCAUCAUAUGAGGAAAUCAUAAUAGAUAAAACUUAUACAAUACUGUAUUUAUGCGUAUUUUUUAUUACCAAUCUUCUUAUCAAUAGGAAAAAAAUUAUAGCAGUGUUUAUCAAAGAUUAGACUUGCUUUACAGUCAUGAAAUGGCGUGAACAUAUAGAGUCACUUUCAGCACCAUUCGCUUGACAGACCUCGUCUUGAUGUACAGCUAAGUUCCAUAGCUUUUAAAGAUAAAAACCGCUAGAAAAGCGACAAAUAUUGGGUACAGCAGCAGAAACGCAACAAUACCCAAAACUAUGAGCGAACCGUGCGGCCCUGAAAGGUAACUGCUGACAUCGACUCCACCAAACGAAAUGUUUCCAAGAAUUCCUGACAAGAAAGAAUUCCUUGACAACGUUUCCAAACUGAGGCCAGUAGCUGAAACUUUCUUAAUUUCUGAUAUCACUCUCUUUUCCAGCUCUUUGGAGCAAUCACAAUAGCUCAGUAAGCAAACACAGAAUUCCUUUGCAAAUUCCACGCAAUCAUCGAUAAUUGCGUUAUAAUGAUGCGGGGCUGCACGCAAACACGCCAAAUCAAAACAUUUGAUGCUCUUAACAUUUUCAUAUCUUCCUAUAUAGAAUGUUUUCUUAAUGUGCUUCUCUAUGUCUUUGAAAAGUUGAAUUUUUUUAGACACCUUGUAAGUUCUCAGUUUUACCUCUUCGAACCGAAGGUCAAUUUUCCAAGACAGCAAGCUACCUGGAAUAAGGUAUGGAUUUUCAUUGGUCGAUUUUGGGCCAUACACCGGUUCUGUGUGCGAAACUUCAGCCAAGACAAGAAAGGCAUGACCUCCGUCGGAGCAAAUGAAAACAUCAAAUGUCCUUCGAUCAUUUCCUGAUAUGAUCUCUUCGAUCCUCUUUUUAUCGUUACUUUUGUACGCCUGGACAAUUUCACGAUCGAGAUCAGCAACCUCGUUUACCCAGUAACUCAAGGGAUCAAACGACUGGACUAGUUUUUCAGCCAUCGAACAAAUUUGGUCUCGGCCUUUCUUGCCUGGUAGAUUCACUAGAAUGGUCGAGUUUAUUGUUGGUUAGAAAUUGUCAUCUUAUUGUUUACACAAAUCUGCUGUUUUUCGGAGGCCAAGCUUAUCGCUGGUUGCUGCCCUUUUUAUUGUGUCCAGGCCUCUACUUUUAGGUUGGUGGCUUAUGAUUGAAAUGAUAAGGCGUUACUGUGGAAACCACUGGCAGAUGGAAGUAAUAACGUCCUCAUCCUUUUACAUAUUUCUUGGAACCAAAUAUUUGUUCAUUUCCAUGUAUCUUGUAACUCAAUGUCAAUUCUUUUUUUGCCUAGUUUAAAAAGUAGCUCAUGCUCAACAGCUUGUUAUAUAAGUGAUUUCAACGGCAUAAUGAAGUCCAAAUGGUAAACGUUAGGACUCUAGAAAUUAUUCCGGGAUCUGCGUUUUCCUUUGCAGAGGAACGAUAUUUCCCAAGAGCUUGCUUGGUUUUGCAAAUGUUAUUCGCCAGAAGAAUAUGCUUACCAAAUCUUUGGCUUCGCAUUUUGCACAUUUAUUUAGGGUUUAAAUCAAGGGGCAAUUCACUCUUGCAAAAAUUGUACGGUCAAUCUUUCGGUGGUACAAAACGUAAAAAUGGCUUUGAAAAAAGCAAACAUUUAAGGAAACACUUAAACAUGAAUUUCUGGUAUCGAGCAGCAUUUACUGGAAAACCCAGCUUGUGCAAUAAACUAUGAUCAAUGGCGACAUGUUUUGGAUGAUUGGUAAAGUCCGACUGUCGUUCCAUCUAGCAGUUUUAGAAUCUAUCUACAUAAGCACGAAAAAACCGCUACUGUGUAGACAAAAGGAGUUCGUUUUCACCUUAGGCCUUCAUUGGUAACAUUCUCAAUAGGCAAGCGGCACUGAUUGGGCAACUUCAACAGUCAUGUACUCCCCUUUCUGAUUGGCCUAUUUUGAUCCACAACUGGGUAUAUAUAUUCCUUAGCGUAGAGUUUUCGAUCUAUGUUCUGACGUUUUAUACUCUGAAGAGUUUCAGAUGAAAAGCUUUAGUAUUACUCAAAUGUUUGCUUUUCUCAAACCCAUUUUUAAGCUGUACGAUAUUUUUACCAAAACAAAAGGAUUUCCGGGGAUUUUCAGACAAAACAUUUACACCUAUGGUGUACGAGACUUUCAAAGAGUGAUUUGCCCCUCGUUUUAGAUAACUGCUCCACUAAUAUAAACUCUAAGACAGUUUCUCAGCUCUACCAAAGUCAAAUAAUUCUAUGUCAUGGUUCUGUGUCAUGAUACAUGAUCAUAUAAGUCGUUUGUCAAGUACUCUUUAUCAAUACUUCUUUAUUUUACUGUUUGCUGCAACUUUUUCUAUGAGCCUCAUAUUUAGAAUUCUUUUGCCAAUUCUUAACACACAUCCGGCAGGCUGAAAAGGUUAUAUAUUUGUGGGUCAAGAUAUCUCUCGGCAAUGUAGCUAGAAAUCUGCCAGACGCAAUGUAUAGGUGUCAAAUAUAAGAAAUUUCCCCCUCUUACUAACAAUCUAAUUUGAUUACAACUUUUUACUUUAAACUUUGUAAUUACCAAAUUUCUUUUUGUAUUUACAUCUAUUCCAAAAGUAGAUACAGUAAACAAAAGGUAUAUAGGGAAAAUAUAGAAAAAGGCUUAGCCGCAACAAAAUCCAACCCCCCCC